UACAGGUUUACAGGUGAGUUACGGGCUUGAAGUGAGGACGAGUCAAUAUCAAUCGGCUUGAGCUACUGGCCCACAAUGUUAUUGCGUCUGUCAUUUCGAGUAAGACAUCGCACCGGACAGUCGUGCCUCAAAGGUUGAAUAGCAAUCCGUGCUUCUCACCGUUUCGUAAUCGCGUAAUCGUGUGGAGAACUAAGUUAUUUAAUAGGAGUUGCAUCCUGCUUACACUGUUCAGAAUGCGACUGAAAACCAUACCCAGACAAAGAAUGACUAUAAAUCAUACGAAAACUAUCGCGCAGGACACGAGGCAAGAGUUUCUGGAUACUGGAAAACACACUCAAAUACACGAAAUACGAAAGAAAUCCGAAGCAAGUGUGCGAGAAGGGCCCAAACGCUCCACUGGCAAACACGAAUCAAGGGAUCUUGACAGCAGCGAACCGUCUUACUUAGAAUUAGUCUACCAUCUGCCCGGUGUCAAGAAUCGCACGAAAGACACUCUUGAAGCCAUGAAUCUGAGCGUCAAAGACAGCGUCAAGUUUUGCAUCGAGGAGGAAAAGCCGAGCGCGUCGUCGGCCUCAGAAACUGCCUACUGCGGAAACAGUAACAGCGACGAAUUCGCCGGAAGUAUGCUUUAUCAGAUAAUGACCGAUCCUACGUUCGUUGAGAAUAUCCGUCAAAAUAAACAGGCGAAGAAGCUGACUUGCCAGUUCUGCAAGGAGAAAUUUGGCAGCAGUAAGGAGAUGGACGAUCAUCUCGAAUCUCGGGGGAUGAACGAGCUCAAGCAGAUCACUUGCUGUGCCUGCAAGAAAACCUUUGGGCAAAAAAGAUAUCUUCGCUACCAUCAGAGGUGCCACAUCGAAAAGAAUAAAUACCCGUGUAGCCUCUGCCCAAGAAUGUAUACCAGAAUGGACAAUCUGACGCGACACAGGACAUUUCACACAAAUCCUGACAAGUACCCUUGCAAUAUCUGCGACAGAUCAUUUUCCAGAAAAGAUUUGAUGUCCAAACAUCUCAAAACGCACGAGGGAAAAAAGUUCAACUGUAAACUUUGCAAACAAUCUUUUUAUAAUUACGUAGACUUGCAAACGCACAGACUGGUAUUGCAUAUUGAAAAUAAUCGCAAGUAACUUAAAACUUAGUCCAUGGUUGAGUUUGGCUCUUAUUCCCGAUUGAAUUUGUUAUCAGUUAUUAUAAGCAAGAAGAGAAUUAUUUUAUACAUUGUUAUACUUUAUGAGAAUUACUUAAAAGUAAAGAAACACCACUCCAAUUGUCGAGUAAAAUUGACUGAAUUGUUUUAGUUCGUUGCUUUCUCUGUAAUCGUAAUUACACAAACGCAUAAUCGUGAUACAUGCGAAAAUAUAUAAUUUGUCGAUUAAUUAUCAACGUGGAAAUAUUAUGGUAAAUUAUUUAGGUAUAUUCAUAUGUUUGGACAGGUAGUUAAUUACGUUAAACUCUGUAUAUUAUUUUUGUUGCAAAGUGUGGUACACUGAUUGAUGAUAUGUAUUUAAGAAACCCAAUAAAUUUAUUUUGGCAUUAUAAAGUAUUGUUGUUUCAUAACGA